AUGACAUAUGUUUGGAGUUCACAAGGUGCUGUCUUGGCAACAGCCGUAGCAGUCUCUGGAACCGUGAUCUUGCUUUUUUUGUCUCGGGAAAAGGCGACGUUUCUUGAAAAUACAACCAGGAAUCAAGAUUCCGGUGGCAGUGCAAAGUCGGGAUUUCACUGCAAGCUCACCAACCUCUUCACCAAGACCAUUGUACUUGCAUAUAGAAGCAAUGAGACAAAAUAUAAGGGUUUGAGGUUGUUCAGAUGGGUUGAUCUUGCAGCGGAUGAGGCGGAGGGAGAAGAGACAGUAGCAACAGUCAAGGGUGGGCUCGAUGACUUUUAG